AUAUAUUUAUUUUCAUAAUUGUUAGUUACAACCAUCAAAAUGGGGAGGCCAGCGUCAACGAUCGAAAUCCCUGAUAAACGACAUCGUUCUGACCGCGAUAAUGGCCGUUACACGCCAGAUUCCGAUAACUCCUUUGACUACAACAGACGCCACCACCGUCGUAGCCCUAAUUACGAAGCCUACGACCGCUAUUACGACAACCACGACCGCCGCCACCACAACUACAACCACAACCAACAACGCAGCAGUUCGAGCCCAAACCCUAGGUCCAGCAAAGCCCAAAACUCUUUGCCCAAGCGAUUUGGACGCGAUUCCCGUAACGGAAACCGGUCCGAGUCCGAGUCCGAUGAGGAAUUGAAGGGGCUGAACCCUGAGGAGUACAGGAGGCUCAAGAGGCAGAAGAUGAGAAGAGCGCUCACUCGUUGUAUUUGGAAUUGCACGCCGAGUCCGCCUAGGAAUGAGAACGAUAACGAUAACGAGAAGGCCGACGAGAUCUCUGAAAAGUACGGUGGAGAAGACGAGUUAAUCGGCGGCGAAAAGAGCGAUUCGAGCUCGAAAGAGAAGGCGAAGGUGAGUAAUCGGAAAGGAAUAUCGGAAAGUCAGUCUAAUUCCGAGUCUGGAUCGCAAUCGGAAACCGAUGAUUCGCGGUCGAAGCGGAAGAGGAAGAGGAAGAGUUCGAUUUCCAAGAGUAGAAAAUACGAAUCUGAUGAGAGCGACAGCGAGAGUGAAUCGGAUGAAGAAGAGGAAGAAGAGAGAAAACAAAGAAAGAAAACGAAGGCAAGUAGUAGGAAUCGGAGCCGCCAAAAGAGUAGCAAAAGAAGCAGUAGAAGAAAAGGGAGUAGUAGUAGGAGAAAGAGUAGGUACAGCAAUUCCGAUGAGAGUGAUGAUUCCGAUGCUAGCCAUCGAGCAAGGUCGAAGAAGAAGCGGAGUCGGAGUAGGAAUCUCUCGGAGACAGAGAAGGAUAUUGAGGUUUCGAAUUCGGAGGGUUCCGAAGUUGAAAAGAGUAUGGUUGCUGCGGCAGCAAUGGCUAUAGACGAUGAGGAUAUGAAAGCUGAAAGCAUUGCGGAGGCAUUGAACUUUAAGGAGAUUUUUGAGGCACAGAAGAAGCCGGCUUUGGAUAGCGAACCAGUGGUUGGGCCAAUGCCCUUGCCUCGAGCCGAAGGGCAUAUCAGUUAUGGUGGCGCUCUUAGGCCCGGAGAAGGUGAUGCCAUUGCGCAGUAUGUGCAGCAAGGGAAGCGUAUUCCAAGGAGAGGAGAAGUGGGUUUGUCCGCAGAUGAGAUUCAGAAGUUCGAGGGUCUUGGUUAUGUGAUGAGUGGUAGCAGGCACCAGAGGAUGAAUGCUAUUCGUAUUAGGAAGGAAAACCAAGUUUAUAGCGCCGAGGAUAAGAGGGCGUUGGCUAUGUUUAAUUAUGAAGAGAAGGCCAAGCGUGAGCACAAGGUUAUGGCUGAUUUGCAGAGAUUGGUGCAGCGCCAUAUAGGGCAGGAUGUUGGUCCUAAUCAUGAUCCCUUCAGUGCAACAAAGCCUGCAGAUACUGCUGAUGCUUGAUUUUUAUGUAUGUGAUUGCUACCUGUAUUGGUUUGAUCUCAUGUCCUUGUAUUUUCUUGUAAACCAAAUACUUUUACUUGUUUACCAAAAUGCCACUCUUAGCAAUGUUUCAUUGAUGCUUUGAAGUAA